CAAGGUUCUGUUGUCUGUCUUUCUGCUCGGGGGUAUAAAAACCCAGUGACUGCCAAAGCCAAUCAACAAAUCAUUCAGUUAUCCAAUCAACAUGAAGUUCUUCCUUGCCUGUCUGUUGCUCGCCGCCUGCUUGGCUCUUGGCCAGAGCAGCGCCAUCUAUGGUCCAAGCUACGCAUCGGUUCCCGUUGUCCGUCACGUGCCCGUUGUCCGUCAUGUGCCCGUUGUUCGUCAAGUGCCCGUCGUUGAGUCCGUUGCCGUGCCCGUUGCCGUCCCCGUCGUCCACCGUCCCGCCGCCUACGUCGCUGGCCCCUCUGUGGUCCGCGUCGGCUCUAUCGGUUCCGUCUACGAGUCUCCUCUCGCCUACGGCGGCUGGUUGAAGCAGAAGAAAUAAACGCUUCCUCGAUCCUCAAUCCAAUUCAAAUUCAACAAACUGGACCUAACUUCGACAAACAAAAAACUCAACGAAUAAUGUUCUCAAAUCAACUAUUUUUUUUACAUUUUUUUUUUGUGUUAUUACAAUUC